AUGAGUACCGAUGCAGACGGCAAGAUUGUCGUGGACAAUAAGGAGUUUAUCAGCCCGCAGGGGAGCGCAGACCUUGCCUUUGAUGAAGCUAGUGAGAAGAAGCUCAUCCGCAAGAUUGACUGGAGGUUGCUACCCAUCCUGGGUGCUCUCUACUCGAUCGCACUCAUUGACCGCACAAACAUUUCCAAUGCACGAAUUGCUGGAAUGGGCAAAGACCUCCGCCUCGACAUCGGCGACCGAUAUACCAUUGUGCUAGUGUUGUUUUUCCCGACAUACUUCCUUCUGGAAUUGCCUUCCAACAUUGUGCUGCGCAAGGUUGGAAGCGCCAACUGGCUGUCGUUCAUCGCCGUGUCAUGGGGCGCUGUGAUGAUAGGGCAGGGCUUUUGCAAGAGCUGGAUCUCGCUUGCUAUUUGCCGUGUUCUUCUCGGAUCCUUCGAAGCGGGCUUCUUCCCUGGUUGCGUCUAUCUCAUCACGUGCUGGUACAAGCGGUAUGAAACACAGAAAAGACUGGGAGGCUUCUAUCUCUUUUCAGUCGGUAUUGGCGGUCUUGCCAACAUCCUUGCGUACGGUUUGAUGCAAAUGGAAGGUGUUGGAGGUGUCCGCGGGUGGCAAUGGAUCUUCAUCAUUGAAGGCAUCUUGACGGUCGUCGUGGCCGUGUCAGCAUGGUUCAUCAUUCUCGACUUCCCCGACAAAGCGGAAAAGAAAGGCUUCCUCACGGCGGCCGAAGCAGCGACCGUCAUGCAGCGCAUUGAGGAUGACCGCGGCGACUCGGUUGACGAUCCGCUUACAUGGAGCAAGUUUUGCUUCCACAUCAGGGACAUCAAGCUAUGGGGCUACGCGACGCUGUUCAUGAGCGUCACCAUGCCGGCCUACGCCUUUAGCUACUUUCUGCCCGUCAUUCUGCUCGGCAUGGGCUACAGCGCCGGGCAGGCAAACGCCCUGUCGGCACCACCCAGUUUCGCCGCCAUGAUCGCCGCAUUCGCCUUUGCGUGGCUAGGAGACAAGUAUCGCGUUCGCGCGCCCGUCAUCGCCGCCCAAGCUAUUCUUACCAUUGUCGGCCUCAUGAUUGUCGCGUAUGCCCAAAACCACGGCGCACGGUACUUUGGCACGUUCCUUGGUGUCAUUGGCUGCCAGGGCAAUAUCCCUGCGAUUCUUGCGUACCAAAGCAAUAACAUCAGAGGUCAGAGCAAGCGGUCAGUUGGCAGUGCGCUGCAGAUUGGGUUUGGAGCCAUUGGCGGCAUCAUUGCGUCGACGACGUUCAAGCAAAAGGAGGCGCCGAGGUACUUUACCGGGCUGUGGGUCACGGCUGGACUGCAGUUCUACAUUCUGGCUGUCUUGUGCUGCUUUACCGUGUACUUUGUCAGGAAGAACAGACGGGUUGACCAGCAGAGAGCGAAUGGUGAGCCCAUGGAUGAGAUCGAGGGCAUGGCCGGCUUCAAAUUCACUGUCUAG